CGGCAAGCGUCCCUAUCCCGAAGUUCUGUCCGUCCCCCACACGCCCCGAGUCCCACAUAUUCUGCAGCGUAGACAUCGCGGGGUAUGGCGCCCACAUGUGCCGAGACGGUCGGCAACACUGCCCCGGCAUCUCAAGACAAUGACUAUUGUCCCGAAAACAACAUCAUACAAGCUCUCCUUCGCCUUUUAACAUAUAACAUCACUUCAGUAUAAUCGAGGCCAAUUCCAACACAACUUCAUUCCAACACGGUUCCGCAGUCUCCAGCAUUUGAUCGCUACUGAACUCAUCACUUACAACACGCAUUCAAGCUCUCGUCCUAAUAAGAUGGCGCCUCACGCCGAAGAGCCAAAGCCAGAUAGCGGUGUUGAUCUGAUCUCGUAUGACGGUACCGUAUAUGGCGACUGGCGCGACGAAUUUCACAAGAACGGCACAGCAAUCAUCAAAGGCGCCAUCUCACCGGAACGCGCAGAGUACUACAAGCAAAAGCAGAUUGAGUGGCUUCAGUCCUUUGGUCGUGGCUUCGAUCCUAACGAUGAGUCAACAUGGACACAAGAGCACCUUCCUGUGAGCUUCAAGGGCGGGAUGUACUUUGCCUACUCUAGCACACACGAAAAAUUCGUUUGGGAAGCUCGCACUGAGCCAAAAGUAAUCGAAACCUUCGCCAAACUCUGGGGCACUGAGGAGCUUCUCUGCUCAUUCGACGGCAUGAACAUCACACUGCCGCGCCAGAAAGAUCUCAAAUGGAGCCCCUGGCCGCACUGCGAUCAGUCUCCUCACCGCAAGGGCAUGCAGUGUGUGCAAGGCCUAUUGAACUACCAACCGAAUGGCUCUGAUGAUGGUGGUUUGAUCUUGAUGAAGGGCAGCAGCAAGCUGUAUGAUGAGUUCUUCCGCGAGAAGAGGGAGCAGGACAACCAUGAAGACAAGCCUCCGGAGGAGGAGGACUUCAAGGAUCUUUUCAUCUUCAAGGAAGAGGAUGUCCAGUGGUUCAAGGACCGCGGAUGCACACUCGAGAAGGUAAACCUUGAAGCUGGUGACCUGGUACUGUGGGAUUCUCGCACCAUGCACUACGCCUGCUUUCCGCAAGGCAACCACAUCCGUCAUGUUCAGUAUGUCUGCAUGACGCCCGCCAAGUUCGCGAAGAAAGAGGAUCUUGAACUCAAGGCCGAGCUCUUCAAGACGUGGCAGGGUACGACGCACUGGCCGCACUGCAAUAUCCGCAAACAGGGUCCACCAGAGAGAGAUGGCAAGCCAGAUCCGCAGAAUAGAACAGAGCCGCUAGAGAAGCCGAUUGUUACUGACAGGAUUUUGCAAUUAGCUGCUGUAAAGGCUUACUAAGAACUGAAGUGGUC